AUGGUGAAGAUCAUCACUGUUGUGGGGUUGACGGGUAGUCAGGGUGCCUCCGUUGCCGGUAUCUAUAUCAAAGAGCAAGGCUGGCAUGUCCGCGGCCUCACGCGUGAUCCAAGCAAGCCAUCAAGCCAAAGUUGGGCUGACAAAGGCGUUGAACUUGUAAAGGCCGACCUGAAUGAUGUUUCCACGUUGAGAACAGCUUUCGCCGGGUCUAACGUUAUCUUUGGCGUCACCGACUUCUGGGGAGUCGUGUGGGAUCCCAAAGCACAGGCGCUGGCAGAGUCAACUGGGCAACCUAUAAACGAACUCGCAUACACGGCUGAAGUGCAACAAUCCCGAAACAUCAUUGACGCCGCAAAUUCUACGAUUGGCACCUUGGACAGACUCAAGUGGAAGUAUACCCACAACCUACACUUUGACGCGAAGUGGACGGGUGUCGACUAUCUGAAGGCCACCUAUCCAGCACUGGACAAGAAGACUUCGUACCUGCAGGUUGGACUGUAUGUGACCAACUGGAAGAAGGGCCUACAUAUGGCCCGGCCCACUAAGCAAGCUGACGGCACGUUUGUGCUGGGUGUUCCCAUAGACGGUGAUGCCCUGGUUCCCAUGGUGGAGGCACGUCAGGACACGGGUAAGGAACUUGAGUGGCUAAGAUCGAACGCUGGAGGCAAAUUUGUCAAGGCGCUUGUACAGGUCGAGCCGGGCAAAAAUUUGCUCGGCUAUGGAAGCUUCAUCAGCUGGAACGAAUUUGCGGUUCUGUGGGGAAAAAUCCAUGGUGUGGAGUGUCGUUUCGUAAGAGUCCACCGCGAAGUUCUUGAAAACGCCGUCCCUGGAUGCGUUGGCGAGGAACUUGCUGAUAUGUUUGAGUACAUCGGGGAAUUUGGGUACGAUGGUGGCGAUCCAAGCGUUGUUCAUCCUCAAAGUCUUGGCGUGGAUAUCCCGGUCUAUACUGUGGAGGAGUACAUUAAGGGGGAAGACUGGCCUGAAGUUCAGUAA